UCUCAGCUUUCUUUACGCAAGGACAACUCCUAGUCUCUAAGCGAUCGACUUUGUCUGUGUGUGUGUGUAUAUGUGUCAAAUAUUUAUUAAUCACAAGAAAAAUUCAACACUUUAACAUGAAGAUCCUGUUGGUAUUCCUGGUUUGCGUGACCCUCACGUAUUGCAGCAAAACUAAAAAGCAGAUUCACGAUCAACAAAUAGUUGACAAUUAUGAGUUUGAAUAUGUGGACCACGGUGCACCCGCAUUAAGCUUGAUCGAUUCAAAUUCUCAUUAUGUCGAAGCAGUGCCCGUCGCGACAGUAGCUGCGAGUGGUCAUCGUUCAAGCCUCAUUCGGCCUGGUUACAGCGUGGGUGGCCCUUUAGCGAGUAUAGCUAAAGGAGCCGCUGAUCAGGCUCACACGCAAUUGAACCAGCAACCGGUAGCGGCUGGACAGGCGGCAUAUGUAGCCAAGAAUACGCUGGCCCAAGCGGCAGCGCAAUCCGCGGCAACGGCCGCUGCAGCCUUGGCUGGCAAACAAAUUAUUGUAAUGGGUCUAGAACAACAAUCGAGGGAUGCACAAGUCGCAGUGGAUGGUGAAAAGCAACAACUUCAACAGGCUCAACGUGCUGCCACAGCCGCAAGAAAUGCGGCGCAACAAGCGAUGCAUCAGGUGCAAGUGAUAACCACAGCGUUAAACGCGGCGCAGGCGACCGCCGAACAUGCCGCACAAGCAGCGUCGGAAGCUGCAGCCGAAUUAGCCGCGCAAACGACGAUGGUGGGCCAAGCUAAGGCGCGUGCUGAAACGAUAGCUGAGCAACUCGCGGCGGCGCGUUUAGAUUUUGACACAACGCAAGCAGCGGCACAAAAGGCCGCCAAUGCCGCCCAAGCUGCGCAGAGCAAUGCAGCGGCCGCGGCCGCACAUGCGGCCAACACUGCGGCCGCGACUGCGACCGCAAAUCAUCAUCCAGUCUCUUUGCACGCCGAAAUCGCUGACGAGCCUCUUAGCCUGAUCAAUUCCUUACCCGUAGACGCAUUAAGUUAUAAAGAUUAUCACCUUUAAGGACUUAUUCCGCGCCUCGCGCCUCUUCCCUUCAUUCCUUUGCAAGUGUAUGGCGGCACUUGCCCAUUCGACAUGGCGACACUAAAAGUGUCUGAAUCCCUUUUGCUUCUUACUAAUCAGUGAGGCUCAGUAUUUGUGCGCAUUAUCACCAAUUGUGCGUUUUCUUACCAGAUUGCACAAUAAAAUAUUGUUGCCAUA